GGACAGUGUUGCCUAGCAGCUAGGCAGAGGACUUUGGAUAGUUCACGUUGCCCCCCUUUUUUUUUAAAAAAAAAAACCCGUGUAUCGAGAAACCGCGGACAUUUCCCCCUCUCAUUCUGCCUGACAUCUGUCCGUUCCCCUUUCGCAGUCUAAAAUGCCAAACAUGCCCCAGACCGUGACACUAAAGGGACCCUCACCUUGGGGUUUUCGUCUGGUGGGAGGACGGGAUUUCAGCACACCGUUAACCAUCUCCAGGGUAACACCAGGCAGCAAGGCAGCCCUAGGUGACCUGUGUCCGGGCGACACCAUCCUGGCUAUCAACAGUGACAGCACGGAGCACAUGACCCACAUGGAGGCUCAAAACAAGAUCAAAACCUGCAAUCAGCAACUCACACUCAGCAUCAUCAGGUCGGGAUCAGGAGACAGAGUGUGGUCGCCAACAGUUAGUGAAGAUGGCAAGACAAGCCCUUACAUGGAGCCUGACUCACACCAGAAUUUCCGUCCCAUCACCAGCGGAUAUGGCGGUUACAGCCGUAAACCUUCAUACACCCCUGAACCCCAGUCGCCACCAGUUCCCCAGUCACCUCAGGCUCCUCAGCCUACUCACCUGAAUAACGGACACUCCAGACCAAACAACGGCCACAGCUAUGGGUACGGGAACGGAACCGGGCACGCUCAGUACAACAACCCGGCAGGACUUUACGCUCAUAACGGCAGCAAUGGAGACAGAUCCCUGCCAAGCAAGAUGGGAGGCCUCAGCCUCAGCGCCACACACAGCCCAGAGCCUCCCAUGCAGUCCCCUGUGGGCCGUAAUGGUUUCGACACACAGUCAGAUGUCUACAAGAUGCUGCAGGACUACGAGGAGCCCGUCUCUGAACCCAAACAGUCUGGCUCCUUCAAAUACCUUCAGGGAAUCCUGGAGGCUGAGGAUGGAGGUGUUUCCCCAACAGAGAGAAUGAGAAACUUAAAGUCUCCGGUCAGGUCUCCAAUCCCCAAGCUCGGAAGCCCCAUCCCCAGCCCUAUGUCUGGUCUCCAGAAACUACCCCAGUGCACACGCUGCUGUAAUGGUAUUGUUGGCACCAUUGUGAAGGCCCGGGACAAGCUCUACCACCCCGAGUGCUUUGUGUGCGAUGACUGCAGCGUCAACCUCAAGCAGAGAGGGUACUUCUUCAUCGAGGACAAUCUGUACUGUGAGACCCACGCCAAGGCACGUGUCCAGCCCCCAGAGGGCUACGACGUUGUUGCUGUUUACCCCAACUCCAAGGUGGAGCUUGUCUGAGAUGGAGAUGGAGCUGGCUAUACUGUAAUAUAACUGGGAAACCAAAAUAUGGGAGAAUGGGGCUACUGAGUAUCCUAGCCAAGAUUUAUCAGGCUCUGUCAAGCAGGAAUCCUGAUCUUGGAUCAAUUUUUUGGUUGCAGAGUCGUAUGAAAUGUGUGUUUCAGUGAUCUCAGAUCAGAAUUUCUACACUGGCAGGCUUGAUUAUUGCUAUGUAUAUUGAGCAUAUUGAAAUAUGUUGAAAUAAUAAGAGUUGGAUCUGAUGAGAAUUCCAAAACUCCAAUCCGUUAAAACACUGACAUUGUACACUAUGUCCUGACCUGACAGCCCUCAUCUCUCAAUCAGUGCGUUUACAUUGAAUGUAGAUACAAGCAAAUUACUGAACUAGUUAAGGUAAUAUCCAGGAAAUUUGUUCAUAUGAACCUUCUUAUCUACACAUCACAAUCACCACAUAUCACCAGAAUAUUCCUUGCACAUGUAAUAACAAAGAAAAAAGACAUGCACAGAUGGCAAAAGUCAGCAGAAAAUUGAAUGAGAUGUUUGUGCAGUGUGAAAUAAUUAUACCAGCAUACUCCAGCUAUCUGCUUUUCUAACAAUCUGAAUCAAAUUCAAUGUUGCAUGACAACUCUCACUCAAGCCUUAAAAUGACUAGAAAACCAGUGUGAAUGAUGUGGGUAAUCACAAAAGAUUGUUGAGUUGAUUAGUGUGUUUGCUGUGAAGAACUGUGCAGAGGAGUUAGUGGGUUUUUUUUCUGACUUUGCAAUUAGCUUUUAUAGCAAGAGUUUCCCAUGCAGCACAUCACACCACAAAAUGUCAGUCUGUUUUACAAAGCAUUUAAGGUAUGUAUUGUUCAAGUUUUGAUUAAGAGGUUUAAAGGUUUAAUUGUCUCUUUAACUAUGUUACAGUUUCACAUUAUACUCCUGUUGCUUCUGGACUUUUGCAUUUGCAAUUUUACAUAUAUGCAGUUUACUUUUCAGACUUUAAGACAUAGUUUUUUUAGGCUUUCUAUGUUGCAAAACUGGGGAACAUCUCUGUUUUUCUGCUCACUUCUCAGUUUUGUAAAACAUUAAGCAAUAAUUCAUUAUAUACAGUUCUCUAACAGAUAUAAUUGUGAGUGUUGGAAUGCCAGUGUGCUUUGGUGAAGAGGUUUACUGAACUUUAACAUAUAGUAAAUGCCUCCAUAUGCAACUAUGCAAGCACCACCUGCUGAAAUGUAAACAAAACCCUGCAGAACACAUCCUUAAAGUUCCAUGAGAUACACUAGAACUUUUUUUUUAUAAACAACUAAUUGCAAGAAAUGAGACUUAAAUGAUGAAAUAACUUCUAGUCUAAUGCAGGCAUGAUACACAUUCACAUAAGACCCUUAACUAAAGUUCAGCACCUGACUGAGAGAGGAAUUUCAACUAUCACUCAUGUUCACACUGAAGAAUUCCUGUUCAUAAAGUCAACAGCACGGAGUUCACUGGGUCUGUUUAUUAAAAACACUCCAAGUUGACACCAAUAGGCUCUUUGCUCCCUGUGACAACUUUUAAAAAUGGUUAUGUGCAUUUGAGACAGGAGACACGGCCAUAGAAAACCUCUGGAAACUUGUAAACUGGGACUCCACAGCCUACAACAUGUGGGAGCAAUAUUCACUUUGUUUAGUUUUUUGGAUCCACUACACAGAUACAUUUCUUUGGAAGAGAGAAAGACACAAGUUGGAAGUACCUUAUGCAUAGUUGUAUUCCCUUCCUACUAUUAAUUCAGAUUUCUGGUCACAACCAAGUCUGUGAUGCAAAUGAAAUAUAUUUCUACAUAAGCAGAAAAGGAGGGAGUAAGUGAGAGAGAGCAAUGGGGGGAACAGCAUGUAUUUUCAUUUCUUGACAGAAAUUCUUUCUUCAACGGGAAAGGAGCAUGUCGUUAUGAGUGUAACAUGUGGCCAUCAGUCUUGGCUUAUUGUGAAUAGUGAAGUAAACUGAUUGUAGAGGAGUGGUCUUAUUCUUAAUUUUAGAAAUGUUUUUAACAAAACUACUUUUGUAAUUUGAAAUGAGAAACUGAAUUUUGCAGUGCUUUGAUGAUAUCCAUCUUUUUUUUGUUGUUUUUUUAGAUAUGAACAGUAAUGCGUAGCUGCUGGUAUGCCAUCUAUACUAGUUAUCUUGUAAAUUAUGUGAAAAAUUAUAUUGCUACCACAUAGUUUUUUUUGGUAUUGUACAUAUUUCUUUCAUUGUGAUUGCCUUAACAUAUAUAACAUGUCCCUUAUGUGCUUUUGCAUACCCUGUGUCUUUGAACGAUUUCCAUGCUCUUUGACACAAAUCUUCUUCUUGUGUUUAACUUAUUGCUUUACCAACACAUGUUUUUGUUCUCAAUCUUCUUGUUUGCUAUUUUUUCAGGAUCUAAAUAAAAUGAGAAGUGCAUUACUAUGA